UCAAAAGGCGAUUUGUUGGCGGGGCUGAGGCUCAUUUCCAUGCAAAGCGCCUGACAUCAGAGCACCUUUUGUUGCUAAACGCUUUCUUGAGCCUGGAGGGGAGGGAGUCAUGUGGAGUUGGAAGAGCUCAUUCUGAAGAGAGGGGUCCAGGACUAACUAGCCCGGGUCCACAGGCGUCACUGUCCCCUGCCAGGCCCUGCGUAAACUCUCUAAUAGAGGCGAGUCGUGUGCCACCCGGAGCCGGUCCCCGGAGCAGGACGUAGCACCCGUGCGGUUUGGCUCCUGACUCCCUGGUCCCGUGAACUCCCCGCCGCAGCCAGUGGUGUGGACUCCGCUCCAGCUACCCUGUUGCUGCGCCGGGCCCGGCUAGGAAAAGUUUCUGGAGUUGUCAAUCGCGGUCGCCCGGGAUCGAGGUGCCUGGUCCUGGCAGUGGUGCUCGUACCCAGCGGAGCCUGGGGCAUGCGACGCGGGGGCGCGUCCCGGUGACGCCGCGGGCGGGGACCUUGCGCCCCGGCGGCCGACGCGCUGCUGCGAGCCGUGGGCAGCGCGGGGACCCGGACGCACGGGGACUCGGCCAUGGAGGAGGACGCGGGAGCUGCUAGCCCGGCGCCUGAGCCUGAGCCGGAGGUGGAUCCCGCCCGGGAGCUGGAGCCCGAGGCCGGCAUCUCCGAGUCGUUCUCCCGCCUCUGGACCGACGUGAUGGGCAUCCUGGAUGGUUCCCUGGGAAAUAUUGACGACCUGGCACAACAGUAUGCAGAUUACUACAAUACCUGCUUUUCUGACGUGUGCGAGCGGAUGGAGGAGCUCCGGAAACGGCGCGUUUCCCAGGACCUGGAUGUGGAGAAACCCGACGCCAGCCCCACGUCACUUCAGCUGCGGUCCCAGAUUGAAGAGUCCCUAGGCUUCUGCAGCGCAGUGUCAACACCAGAAGUGGAAAGAAAGUACCCUCUCCAGAAAUCAAACUCAGAAGACGGCUGUGUAGGCAAAGGAGAUUGGAAGAAGAAAAAUAAAUACUUCUGGCAGAAUUUCCGAAAGAACCAAAAAGGAAUAAUGAGACAGACUUCAAAAGGAGAAGAUGUGGGCUAUGUCGCCAGUGAGAUCACAAUGAGCGACGAGGAGCGGAUUCAGCUGAUGAUGAUGGUCAAGGAGAAAAUGAUCACCAUUGAAGAAGCGCUCGCCAGGCUGAAGGAGUACGAGGCCCAGCACCGUCAGUCAUCCACCUUGGAUCCCGCAGACUGGCCCGAUGGCUCCUACCCGACACUGGAUGGCUCCUCCACCUGCAACUCAAGAGAGCAGUCGGAUGACGAGACAGAGGACUCAGUGAAGUUUAAGAGGUUGCACAAGCUGGUGAACUCUACUCGAAGAGUCAGAAAGAAACUAAUUAGGGUGGAAGAAAUGAAAAAGCCCAGCACAGAAGGUGGAGAGGAACAGGUAUUUGAGAAUUCCCCAGUCCAAGAUGAAAGGUCCGCACUCUACUCUGGAGUGCACAAAAAGCCAUUUUUCUAUGAUGGCUCUCCUGAGAAACCUCCAGAAGACGAUGCAGACUCUCUCACGCCAUCUCCAUCAUCCAGCAGUCUGGAUACGUGGGGAGCUGGCCGGAAGUUGGUCAAAACCUUCAGCAAAGGAGAGAGUCGGGGCCUGAUUAAGCCCCCGAAGAAGAUGGGGACAUUCUUCUCCUAUCCGGAAGAAGAGAAGGCGCAAAAAGUGUCCCGCUCCCUCACAGAGGGGGAAAUGAAGAAAGGUCUUGGGUCUUUGAGCCACGGGGUAAGUACCGAUGGUGUUUUCUUCUAUGACAACCAUCGGCGCAGGCACCACUUUCUGGUGUCCCUGGAGGAGGUUCAGAGUAUCCGUAAGCAAAUCCGCUUGAAGAAAACGGAUACUAAUUACUCCUGUUCCAGAACUUUUCUCUGCCAGCGUCCCUCCAGAAAAGGAGUAAAUGGCACCACCUGUGACCUGCUGCCCCGGCCGAAGCCCAAGGGGGGUGGCUGUGGCUUCGCUGGCAGGAGGGGCCGAGGGCGCACCUCGGUCAGCGAGUUCAAUAUCACCUACGUGGUGGAGCGGAGCCUCUACAGCCACCUGAACCUGACCCAGCUCGUGCGUCCUGCCUCGGACAGGACGCUGAGCAAGGCGGAGAAGCAGGACCUGAGGCGGUGCUUGCUGGAGGAGGAUGAGGAGGCAAAGAGGAAGUGGGCUGCCACGGUGGACCGCUGUACUAAAAGGGUUCUCUUGAGAAUCCACCAGAAGUCUAGAACCUGCAGUUUUGGUGGAUUUGACCUGACAAACCGUUCUCUGCAUGUUGGCAGUAAUAAUUCUGACCCCGUGGGUAAAGAGGGAGAUUUUGUGUACAAAGAAGUCAUCAAAUCCCCUUCUGCCUCCCGCAUCUCUCUCGGGAAAAAGGUGAGAUCUGUGAAAGAAACCAUGAGGAAGCGGAUGUCUAAAAAAUACAGCAGCCCGGUCUCCGAGCAGGACUCGGGGCUCGAUGGAAUGCCCGGCUCCCCCGCCUCGGUAAAGCUUGACUCUGAACACGCGGACAAGCCUAAGCUCAAAGCCGGGGGCUCUGUGGAAAGCCUUCGGAGUUCUCUGAGUGGCCAGAGCUCAAUGAGUGGUCAGACCGUGAGCACCACCGAUUCCUCCACCAGCAACAGGGAGAGUGUCAAGUCAGAAGAUGGGGAUGACGAAGAGCCACCCUAUCGGGGUCCCUUCUGUGGGCGUGCCCGAGUGCACACUGACUUCACCCCCAGUCCCUAUGACACAGACUCUCUGAAGCUCAAGAAAGGUGAUAUCAUUGACAUAAUCAGCAAACCACCCAUGGGUACCUGGAUGGGCCUGCUGAACAACAAAGUCGGCACGUUCAAGUUCAUCUAUGUGGAUGUGCUAAAUGAGGAAGAGGAGAAGCCCAAGCGCCCCACCAGGAGGAGGAGGAAGGGAAGACCAUCCCAGCCAAAGUCCGUGGAGGAUCUCCUGGACCGGAUCAACCUGAAAGAACACAUGCCCACCUUCCUGUUCAAUGGCUACGAGGACCUGGACACCUUCAAGCUCCUGGAGGAAGAAGACUUGGAUGAAUUAAAUAUCAGGGACCCAGAACACCGAGCAGUUCUCCUGACGGCGGUGGAGCUGUUGCAGGAAUAUGACAGUAACAGCGACCAGUCCGGUUCUCAGGAGAAACUGCUGGUGGACAGCCAAGGCCUGAGUGGACGAUCCCCACGAGACUCCGGAUGCUACGAAAGCAGCGAGAACUUGGAAAACGGCAAAACUCACAAACCCAGCGUUCUGUCGACCAAGUCAUCCACAGAGUCCAACUUAAAGUCUUUCACCAGGAGCCAACCAGGCAACUACCCGACAUUGCCUUUAACAAAAUCAGGGGAGGUGCGCAAACAGGGAGAGGAGGGCAGGCUGGGACGAGGUCUAGCCCCGGACACUGCCAAGUGCUGUGACGUGCCCUCUGUGACUGGUUUGAAUAAAAACCGAAGGAGUCUCCCAGUCUCCAUCUGUCGCAGCUGUGAAACCCUGGAGGGUCCUGAGCCCGUGGAAAGUUGGCCCCGAUCCCAUUCCCUGGAUGACCUUCAGGGAGAUGCUGACGUUGGCAAGAAUGUGCCUACCGAGAUGCCGGAAACCUGUCCUCAGAAUGUACCAGAAGUGCCACAGAAGACGUCUGCCUGCACCUCCAAGGCUCUGCCCCGAGGCCGAGAUCCCACCGCAGAUGUGAUGCUUCUGACCCAAAGCAAGAGAUUUUCUGAUCCCCCGAAAACGAUGGCUAAGAAACUGGACCGCUCCGUGGUGGCCUCCAACCUUGGCAUAGCUCCUCCUCAGUGUAUACCCAGAGAUUUUGAGGCCCAGCCUCCUGUUAAACCCGGCUUAACAAGGACGUCUCUUGAGGGUCUCAGAAAAGGACAUGACCACCCCCCUCUGGGCACCAAAGAAGGGGUAGACGGGGAGCAGAGUGCCCCUGAGACCAGGACGCAGUCCAGACAUCCAUCGCAGCCCCCUCCUGUGCCAGCCAAGAAAAGCCGAGAGCGCCUUGCCAAUGGCCUGCACCUGGUCCCCAACCCAGAGGCACCCAUCCUGCCACUGAAGAAAGCCAGCCCUGCUAGUUCAGUCAGUCCCAGCGACUGCCCCUCUCCCCGGGAGCCCAGGUCUUCCUCAGGGACUGAGCCCGGCAGCCCGGUCUGUACAAGACCUCCACCCUGGCUGGCUGAGCUGCCCGAGAGCGCCAGCCUGCAGGAGCACGGUGUGAAACUGGGCCCAGUGCUGAGCCGGAAGGUUUCCUGCGUCCGGGGUGUGGACCUAGAGAUGCUCACGGAGAACAAGCUGCAGGCUGAGGGCAUCGAUCUUACUGAGGAGCCCUACUCUGAUAAGCAUGGCCGCUGUGGGAUCCCUGAAGCCCUGGUACAGAGAUAUGCAGAGGACCUAGAGCAGCCUGAGAGGGAUGUCGCCACCAAUAUGGACCAGAUCCGGGUGAAGCUGCUUCGGAAGCAACAUCGGAUGGCGAUCCCGAGUGGUGGGCUGACAGAAAUCUGCAGAAAGCCCCUCUCUCCCGGAUGUGUUGCGUCCAUGUCGGAUUGGCUCAUCUCCAUCGGCCUGCCCAUGUACACGAGCACCCUUUCUGACGCGGGGUUCAGCACGCUGAGCCAAGUGCCUUCCCUGUCCCACACUUGCCUUCAGGAGGCCGGCAUCACCGAGGAGAGACACAUAAGGAAACUCAUAACCGCAGCCAGACUCUUCAAACUGCCACCAAGCCCUGAGGCCAUGUAGCCAGGCCGGCCGUGGCCCUCCCUGGACAAGAGCCAGCCUCUCACUGUGCUUAGGAAGCCGAUACAAUCCCUCCACAUCUGCUGGGCUUAACCUGAUUGGGAAGAAAAGGACCCUCUCGGGGCUCCCGAAUGUAGGACUAGGACUCAGAACCGAGGACCCUCUCUUCCGGAAAAGCCCUCCUCCCCAGCCCCUAAAGGAAACCGAGGUGGUUCUCGUUGAUGCCCAAAGGCAAGACAAGCACUUAGUUCCGUUUUUUCAGACGCGGAAGAGUCAAGACACUGCAAACAAUGUGCGUCCAGUCUAUCUUUGUGCUGGCAGCGGGCUAGGAGGGCGAGGCAGCCGGCUCGCGUCUGAUCGUGCCCUCGCGCAUCUAUUGGAUGCCCGAGCCCGAUGGGCUUAGCUAGGCCAAAGGAACAGACUCUGGAGUUACUGUAUACUAUUGACCAUGCUCAUUUGUUCAAAAGCUACAACAGCAGACUCUAUCAAGAACAGAACGGUCCUCCUCUCCUGUAGAUAAACGAGAGACAUUUUAAUUGCUUUCUAGCAAUUAGCUUUUGUUUGCCUUAAUAUAAACUUUUAACCAGUUAUCUAUCUAGUGCCCACAACCCUUACUUAACCCUAGUUCCAGAUUUUCAGCUUAGACUGCCAUCUAACGUGUUUGGGAUAUUUCCAGCAAAAAUAGCCUUUUUUUUU